UUCCGUCAGUUCAGUUCACCACAGUUCACUCACUUUCGACGCCAUGACAAGUUAAUGGUUUCGUAGGUCUUAUCGUGUAUCACGAUAUUUUACUCAUUUGUUACCACAUAAUAUAUUGUUCCCGUGCUACUUUUUCACGUUCUUGGCGUUACGAAUCUACAUUUUCACGAUCUAGCACGCGUAAUUAUCCUGAUAUGUCGGAUUCAGAAGGUGCUAGCGAUGCGGGAAGCGUCGGAGGAAGAUCUCGAAGCGUCUCUCGCAGUAGAAGUCCCUCGCAAAGCUCUGGUUCCAGAAGUCCAUCCAGGUCUCGAUCGCGUUCCCGAUCACCAUCUGGCUCAGAAGAUGGAGAUGCAAAGCUAGAUGAGGCAGAAGAAGUCAGAUCAGGAGAUGAAGAAGCUGUGGAACCAGAAGAGGAACCUGAAGGAGAAGAUUUGGACAAUAGUAGUGAAUAUGAUGAGGAAGAAGAGGAAGAGGAUGACGAUAGGCCGAGGAAGAAAAAGAAAAAAGAUAGGUUUGGUGGCUUUAUCAUAGAUGAAGCUGAAGUAGAUGAUGAAGUUGAAGAUGACGAUGAGUGGGAAGAAGGUGCUCAGGAAAUUGGUAUUGUGGGGAACGAGGUUGACGAGUUGGGACCAACUGCUCGUGAGAUUGAGGGACGUCGUAGAGGCACAAAUCUUUGGGAUUCACAGAAAGAAGAUGAAAUUGAGGAGUACCUUCGGAAAAAAUAUGCCGAUGAAUCGAUUGCCGCUCGUCGUUUUGGCGAUGGCGGUGAAGAAAUGAGUGAUGAAAUCACCCAACAAACCUUGUUGCCCGGUGUGAAAGAUCCCAAUUUAUGGAUGGUGAAAUGCCGUAUAGGAGAGGAAAAAGCUACUGUGCUCUUAUUGAUGCGAAAAUUUAUCACGUAUCAAUUUUCCAACGAACCUCUUCAGAUAAAAUCUGUUGUGGCACCAGAAGGUGUUAAGGGUUACAUUUACAUAGAGGCUUACAAGCAGCCACAUGUAAAAGCUGCUAUUGAAAAUGUUGGGAACCUCAGAAUGGGUAUAUGGAAACAACAAAUGGUACCGAUUAAAGAGAUGACGGAUGUGCUGCGAGUAGUUAAAGAGCAGACCGGCUUAAAAGCUAAGCAAUGGGUUCGUUUGAAGCGAGGCAUUUACAAAGAUGACAUAGCUCAAGUUGAUUAUGUCGACUUAGCGCAAAAUCAAGUUCACUUGAAGUUGCUUCCAAGAAUUGAUUACACUAGACCACGCGGGGCGUUAAGAACAGCACAGAGCGAAUCCGAAGCACUGAAACGCAAGAAGAAAAGAAGACCGCCAGCAAAACCAUUUGAUCCUGAAGCAAUUCGUGCUAUUGGCGGAGAGGUUACUAGUGACGGAGAUUUUCUUAUUUUUGAAGGAAAUAGAUAUAGUCGUAAAGGUUUUCUUUAUAAAAAUUUUACCACAAGUGCUAUUAUCGCGGAGGGUGUAAAACCUACACUUUCUGAAUUAGAAAGAUUUGAAGAAGCGCCGGAAGGUGUUGAAAUUGAUUUAAGUGGCACACCAGGAACUGGAACUUCUGGAAAAGAAGAUCAAAAUGUGACUCAUUCCUUUAGUAAUGGAGAUAACGUGGAAGUUUGUGAGGGGGAAUUGAUAAACUUACAGGGAAAGAUUGUUUCUAUAGAUGGAAACAUGAUCAUGGUUAUGCCGAAGCAUGAAGAACUCAAAGAAGCUUUGGAAUUCCAAGCUUCAGAGUUGCGAAAAUAUUUCACGCAAGGCGAUCACGUCAAGGUUGUAGCAGGAAGAUAUGAAGGCGAUACAGGCUUAAUUGUUAGAGUGGAACAAAAUCGAGUAGUUUUAUUCUCGGAUUUAUCAAUGCACGAACUCGAGGUUCUUCCAAGAGAUUUACAAUUAUGCUCCGACAUGGCUACCGGCGUUGAUAGCUUAGGACAAUUUCAAUGGGGUGAUUUGGUACAACUUGAUGCGCAAACAGUUGGUGUUAUCGUCCGAUUAGAACGUGAGAAUUUUCACGUACUCUCUAUGCAUGGGAAAGUCGUGGAAGCAAGACCGCAGGGUCUUACGAAGCGGCGAGAAAAUAGAAACGCGGUUGCAUUGGACUCGCAACAGAACACCAUACAAAAGAAGGACAUCGUUAAAGUGGUCGAUGGACCACAUGCGGGUCGAGGUGGUGAAAUUAAACACCUGUAUAGAAGUUUUGCCUUUUUGCAUUCGAGAAUGUUUGUUGACAAUGGUGGAAUAUUCGUAUGCAAAACCAGACAUUUACAACUGUCCGGUGGAAAUAAGACAACUUCUAUCAAUUCCAUGUCACCUGUGACAGGAUUCAUGUCACCUAGAAUUGCUUCGCCGAUGCAUCCCAGCGGUGGUGGUUUUGGACGAGGUGGUGGCGGAGGCGGAAGAGGCAGAGGUCGUGGCGGCGGUGGUGGUGCGAGACGCGAUAGGGAAUUAAUUGGAACCACCAUUAAAAUAACAGGUGGACCAUACAAGGGAAACGUGGGUAUUGUAAAAGACGCGACAGAAACAACAGCGCGCGUGGAACUACACUCUACGUGUCAGACAAUCUCCGUCGAUCGAUCUCAUAUAGCAAACGUCGGUGUCCCGACAAAGGACGGUGGCUUCAGCAGUUACAACAGAACUCCGGCUUACGGAGCCGGUGGACAGACGCCUAUGUACGCGAGGGACGGAUCGAAAACACCUAUGCAUGGUUCUCAGACGCCUAUGUACGAAAAUGGCUCUCGCACCCCUCAUUACGGUUCAAUGACGCCGUCUCACGAUGGAUCGCGAACACCAGGACAAUCUGGAGCCUGGGAUCCGUCCGUUACUAAUACACCCGCUAGGACGAAUGAUUUCGACACUUACAGUAUGGAAGAGGGUGGUUCGCCUGGCUACGGACCUGGAUAUCCUCCUACUGGAGGACCGUUUACUCCACAAACUCCAGGCACUAUGUACGGCUCGGAACAAAGCUUCAGUUCAUAUCAACCGAGUCCUAGUCCUGCGGGCAGUGCUACCGCAAGUCCGAGUCCUACAGGCUACGUUGCUACUCCAUCCCCAAGUGGUACUGGAUACACUACUAGCCCACAUGGAGCAUUCGCAACUCCUUCUCCAAUGGGUUACAGUCCUAUGACACCUGGAGUAGCAAAUAGUCCAUACAAUCCGCAUACACCUUCAGGAAUGGAUGUUGGUUCUGGUAUCAUAGGUAGCUCAGAAUGGCAUACGACAGACAUUGAAGUACGCAUUCGUGACUCUCAUGACGAUCCUGCACUUGCUGGACAGCAAGCAAUCAUCCGAGGCAUUUCAGGCGGUAUGUGCACCGUUUAUCUACCUACCGAAGACCGGGUAGUGAAUCUAAUAUGUGAACAAUUAGAACCUGUAGUACCGUCACGCGGCGAUCGAGUUAAAGUGAUUUUAGGUGAAGAUCGCGAAGCUGUCGGUACUUUACUUUCGAUCGACAAUCAAGAGGGAGUUGUAAAACUCAACACGGACGAGAUAAAAUUCUUGCAAUUGCGAUUUUUGUGUAAAAUGAGCACGAAAGCACCAACCGCAUAAUUUUUUAAUUUAUAUUCGCUGAAGCAAGAAUCUUUACAACACAAAAAUUUUAUGAAAAUGAUUAUAAUCAUUGAUAUCCUCUUAUUUUAAAAUGUUUACUUGAGCAUUUACAUUCUUGUAUAGAUGUAUAAUAUAUCUGACAUAAUAAUAAUAAUAAUAAUAAAUAAUAAUAAAUAUAUUA